AAAAGGGUCCCGGCAAGUUGGGCAUUCGAUGAGUGGUGGGGGAAUUGCCGAAGGUGAGCCCGCCUGAUGGAGGCUACACGCUCGCCCCUCAACAUAGUCGGGAAGCCGAGCCCGCUGGGUUUCAGCGAGAGGGACAACGCAAUAGAUACAGCACCGAUGAGACGCCCGGGCGGCCGCGGGAGGGUCCCGCGACGAGUCGCGCGGGAGAGAGGGCCAGUGGUCAUGGAGACACACGAUAUCUCUCGCAGGGCGAUCCUCCGCACAGAGCUGACACGUCUCGAAGGCAGAGUCCAAACUCAUCACUUGGCCGAAGAGCAAGAAAAGUAGAGAGAGGGCAAGUCCGCAAGGUAACAUACGAGGGGAAAUCAACGCAUUGACCGACACGACUCAAAUGGAAGCUGUCACGCGAAGACCACCGACUCUGACCCCGUCAAUGCUCGUCGACCACGUCUCGGUAACACCGGUCGAAACACACGAAGGGCCCGCGUCACGGCGACUCCGAUACGGGUGGGCUCAAUCGGAGCCUAGAGACAUGCCCUGCCUGGGCCAGGCAGGGAGACAAACACGGGAGGAUCCAGGCACACGGCCUGCAGCAACGGUCACUCCCUAUUAGGCACACCGCCCACCUCGACACCGGCUCACGGCCGGAGAAGGCAACUCCUCAGGCCCACGGCCAAGCUGCACAGGCGCACGGCCUGUCGCAGAAAACUGUCCUCCAGCAACCACACUGACACCGGCACACGGCCGGCUGGGGUGUCCUUGGGACGCAAACAGGCUCACGGCCUGGCAGCAACGUCCUCAGGCACACGCGGCACGCUUGCACUGGCACACGGCCAGUCACGAGAUCUUCAGAUGGCCCCUAAACGCCGCACGGACCACCAGGUCUUUCGCGGGGUCGGUCAGGCGUAGAUAGGGCGCGGAGAGCCGAAGCAGGCUCUCACGGAAGUGCUUUGCAUUGGGCAAGAGGAGGCGCAGUGGCGCCGGGUGAACUUGGGUUCAGGGGAGACAAAAAAGAUAUCGCCAGGUCCGUCACGACGAGACGGACGCGGUGGCGCCCUCAGGUGAGGGCGGCGAUGCCGAUGAGCAUGAUUCUCUGAUAACCACACAGCCCUGUGGGGUAGCAUUCAUAAUCAGGUACUAUUCAUGUAUGUGAAGAAGUGUCCCAUAUUCAUCAGGUGGCAAGACGGCGCAGCUUGCCGAGAAGGACAAGUUUGACAAGUACGGUCCCACCGCCCAGGCGGCCGGUUCCGCUUUGUGCCGCUCGCUGCAGAGACAUUUGGCAGAUGGGGAGACAAGACGAUGGACUUUCUCAAGAUGCUCGCCAAGCGGAAGCCCCGCCCCACCUCCAUUCCCGCUGACGAGGACGCAGCGUUCCGUGAGAGCAUCAUCAAUCAUUGGAGCCAGCUUCUGUCCGUCGAGUUGAUGAAGCACAACGCGUUCCAAGUGGCGAGUCGUGCACAACGUGCUGCGGCCGCCAGAGGGCCACGGAGGGCCAGCGCGUUUCCGGAGGACUUCGUCAGCCGCGGGCUGUACAGGCCACACACCGGCCCCGCUCCGGGGCUGUGAGGUGGCUGGCUGGAUCUGGAUGUUGUGAGUGUGUAUGUGGUACUGCAUGUCUCACGUUUGUUUGCAGUGUGUGACAUGCAUUUGUUUGCAGUCAAUGAGUGUUGUCCGUUGGCUAUGCACGGUUGUGUUUCCUGUUGCUUGUCUGACACGGAUGCUUAG